AUGAUUCGAGGCGGUCUAGUCACCUUGGUAUACGAUGCCACCCUGAAGUUGCACAGUUCCAAAGCGACCGAUGCCGCUGCAGUCACACAUAUGAGUACCGAUAUUGACCAGAUCACCCAGGGCAUGACAAAUUUCGACGUACUGUGGGCUGCGCCGAUUGAAGUCGGCCUCGCAAUCUACAUCUUAUGGCGGGAAAUUGGGUUGGCAUGUCUGGCGCCGGUUGGGAUUGCCGUAGGCUGUACGCUGGCGGCCUUUUUACUAGGGAAAUUGUCGAGAAAAGCCCAAAGAGUCUGGGUAGACGCAGUUCAGCUGCGAACUACGGCAACAGUUUCAAUGCUCAAUAACAUAAAAGGAAUCCGAAUGUCAGGUCUUUCCUCCAGAUUCUCAACAAAUAUUCAGGACCUGAGAGUGAAGGAGUUGGCAGCAUCAAAAUCAUACCGUCACUUGACUGUUCUCAAGAACACAAUUGGAACUCUGCCACAGGUUAUGGGUCCAAUUACUGCCUUUGUCAUUUAUGUUCUUGUGCGGCAGAAUCAGCCGGUUUCAAAAUGUUUGAGACUCUUGGCACGGAUUUCUUCAAAAAUGUCGACACACGAAAUCUCCGAACAUCGUGAUAUCGAACCAUGCCACCUCGACGCGCCUCCAAGGAUGCCACUGCUGUCAGAUAAUCCGGCUUUCAAAACGAGGCAGAAAGAUCGACUGUUCAAUCUUACAGGUCUAAAAGGCACCUUUAGGCAUAUAUCUGGACACCUAGAUUUUAGCCCAAUAUUUACCCCUCCUGAUAGCUCACAAAUCACCCCGCCAAAGGUGUCUAUAAAGGACCCGGCUUUAAAGACUUGA